AUGACUGCCGCAGACAAGCUUGUCGCUGACGAUUGGGCAGAGCCAUUCCAUGUGAGGUAUGGCAAACAUGACUUGGGCUUGCACUUGGACGUGCGUCUGUGCCUGCUGCGUGCUUCGCAGUCGCACCAAACCCGCGUGGUUUAUGUGUCUGAGACUGAAGACAGUACAGCAGAUCAGAGCACGCCUGUGAAGAAUGGGAAGCGCGAAGCAUUUCAAGUGCAAAGUGAGUGCUGGGCCCCGAAACGCCGGCACGAUAGCCUCCUAGACCAGUAUCGCUGCUUGCGACAAAUCCCACAGUUGUCGCAUGCUGAUUGCCGAAAAGUUUUGGAACUGUUGAAUGAUGAUAAAGAACAUAAGGGUUCCUUCACAGCCAGCAAAGUCCACCAGAAAUUUCCGGUGACCUUACCGGCUAUGCGUGAACUGGUGGUACGAGAUGGCAAGGAAAGAUGUGUCUUUCAUGCAUUCUCGCUACCCGAGUGUCUCCAGAACAAAGUGAAUGCCUGCCCUGCGUUUGCAGAGUGUUUCGACAUCGCUCUUGCAGCUGCUCAUAAUUCGUUAGAGCUUGUCAUGUUCUGGGAUGAAGCCGUUCCCGGCAACGUGCUAGCACCAGAUCUGCGGCGCAAGGCAGCCUUAUGUUACUGUUCCAUUCAGGAGCUACCUGUUCGCUUUGCAGACACAUGCUGGCUGACUCUAGCCGUUUGCCGAUCGCAAGAACUACAAAAAGUUAGUCAAGGAUACCCAAAAUCCAUGACAGCAUUACUGACUCAACUGAAGGAAGAUUGCAAAGAUGGAUUCAUGAUUGAGACCAAAUCCGGUCCUCAGUUGGUGUUCAUCCGGUCCAUCGCAGUCUUCAUGGACGCAGAUGGUAUCAGGUUGACUCUCGGCAACAAGGGCUCGAGUGGGUUGAAACCUUGCUGGCUUUGCCAGAAUGUGGUGGGACUGCAGCACUUCGACUUGGCAGAAACCGUUCAUAUUUCAAACCCAGACUUCACUUUGUAUAAAGCGCAUACAUUGGAAAGUCUUCGUGGCAUCCAAAGGUAUUUGCAGAGUAUUCUUUCAAGGUCCGCAAAAGAAAAAGCCGAAACUUUGCUGGGAUGGAACACCGAAGCAAUGGCGGAAACCUUUUUGCUACAACCGGCUUUGGCAGAUUUGAUCGGCGUAGACAGAGUCUUAUAUGACCCUAUGCAUUGCUUUGUAGCCAAUGGUCUUUGCAAUCAAGAAUUGGGCUAUUGGUGGGAGGCAGUGACGACGAAGACUCAAAUCCGAUUGCAGCAGCUGCGCCAGUAUGCGACAACCUGCUGGCAAUAUGAUGGAUCUCCGUCAGAGGUCUGCGGUGCCUUCAGUGACAAGCAUUGGAUCAGAGGUAAAGAUUAUCGUGGAGACGCAGGUGACACUUUGGUGGUGCUACCAAUUUGUGCCGCUUUCUGCUCUGAAGUCUUCCAAGAUGAAGAAGAACUAAAAAAGGAAAAUGACAGUUUGCUUGCACUGCAUGCUGUCAUCUGCAGUUGGCUGCAAAGCAAACGCGGCGGUCUGCUAGACAUUGCGCGCUUGCAAAGUCAACAGACGAGGCAUGCAACCAAGUUCAUGGAAUGCUAUGGUCGAGAAUGGGCGCGACCCAAGUUGCAUUUCUCAAGGCACUUGCCGCAGCAGUUUGCCAAGGGAUAUAUGAUGGAUGGCUGUCCAACAGAACGCAAGCACACGUUUUUCAAAACACGUGUGGCGCCAAAUCGAAAGAAUUUGGAAAACUUUAGCAAGUUUUGUCUCCUGGAACUAGGAGAGCAAGAUCUGCGCAUGAAUCAGACAGAAUCUCUUAUCAAAACGAAUUUCCUUGGAAAGACAUCAAACUGCCGUCACCUUGCAGCUGCCUCUGAAGAUCCUGAUGCUAUAGUGGCACCGCGCAUCAUGCACCAAGGUGUUACGUAUGGCAAGGGUCAGUUCAAAAUCCUGGCAACAAAUCAGGCAGUUGAAAUCCUGGGCGCUUGCAGAAUUCAUGCCACUUUUUUUUUACUCUGCGUGGAGUUAACAUUUACUUCUGAAAUUGCCGCCAAUUUCACACGUUGGCAAAGGCCAACCCUUUCACAUAAAAUGUCCCUGCUGCACCUCGACGACGCGCAAAAGGCGCAAAGUGCACCCUAUAGUCGAGUGGAAUGUCACGGUGCCAUUAAAGAUAUCUGGCUGCUUCUCGGAUGA